AUGUUGCGUUGUGGACAGAAAACUGCAUUUCCUAUUCUACAAAGACGAUUGUACCAAGUGUUAGCUAUAGAGACUUCCUGCGAUGAUACGAGUGUAGCAUGGUUAGAUCAUGAACCACAAUCACAAAGAACACAUAUUGUAAAGAACGUGAAGUCUACUCUCAAUAGUGCGGCGGACGGCGGGAUUAUACCCACUGCAGCUCAUGAGCAUCAUCAAAAGAGUAUUGGUUCGUUGAUUCGACAAAUUAAAGAAGCUACUAAAUUGGAUGGUAGUGUUUCCAGAAAACCUGACCUUAUAUGUGUUACUAGGGGCCCCGGGAUGCUCGGUUCCUUGUCAACUGGACUCACUACCGCAAAGGCUUUGUCUGUCGCAUGGGAUAUACCCAUGAUUGGAGUAAAUCAUAUGUUAGGUCAUCUCAUUGUACCAAGACUAUAUGAUAAAUCUAUUCGAUUCCCGUUUGUAUCGUUACUGGUCAGUGGAGGUCAUUGUAUCUUGGUUCAUUCCACUGGUAUCACUGACCAUAAGAUUUUAUGUGAGAGUAUCGAUAUCGCCGCAGGUGAUUCCCUUGAUAAAUGUGGUAGAGAGAUCGGAUUGACAGGUAUAAUGAUUGGAAAAUCGUUAAAUGCUUUUACGAACGGUAUUACUGACCCAUGGGAAAAGGAUGAAAUUUUGGAUGCACAUUGUAAGUUACCAAACCCUUUGACUAAGACUAAUAAAUCUAAGAUUGCAUUUUCUUUUUCACCUUUUAUCACUGCGGUGAAACAGUUUUUAUCGAAUCAUCCUUUAGAGACACUCACAGCGAAACAACAUAAAUUGCUUGGAGCUAGAAUACAGGAUUCUAUUUUCACUCAUAUAAUUACAAAAAUCAGACAUACAAUACAACAAAACCCCGAAAUAUUUCAAGAUGUAAACGAUUUUGUGUGUUCUGGUGGAGUUAGUGCUAAUGAUGUGUUACGUGGAAAAUUGCAGGACUCAUUGAAGCCAGAUUUCUCUAAUUUUCAUUAUCCGCCACUGGAGUUAUGCACUGAUAAUGCAGUUAUGAUUGGUUAUGCAGGCAUUGAAUUAUAUGAUAAAUAUAAUCAUAAUAUUUCUAAUAAUUUAGAUAUAUUACCAUUGCGUAAAUGGUCCUUGGAAGAUAUAUUCACUAUCUCCAACUUUCAACGAACAGACAAAGAAAUAUUUUAA